CCCUCACCUGGGGAGAUCCUUUGACAACCUAAUUUGUCUUACUAAACUGAUAAUUACUUAUGUCAACAAAAUGCAUACCAUUAUGUAGAAUUUCCUUUAGUGGUUAUCUUUAACUACUUACUUUUUUAAGUAUUUAAUCUCCAUUAAGUAUGUAAGUGCCAAUAAAAACUAAAUUGUUUUUCGGUUUCAAAACACUUAAAAUCAUACGUUUUCGUGAUUAAAACGCUGAGAAGCGAAAUGUUUUACGUACUUUUAUAUUUACUAUUCGUAACUGUAACAGCAGACGCCUACGUCCUUCUCCAAGUGAGUAAAGACGGCCAGAACCGUUCCAACGUAGAUGCCCUGAUCCAUAAGGUUGUCCCACCAGGGAAGGCAGAUGCUAUCACCAGGAUGGCCAGGAAACAGUUCUCCCAGAACCGGGAAAAGCUGGAACCAGUGGCUGAGUCGGAGGAUGAGGUGCAGGAUACUAUGAAGGAGUUUGUGGAGAAAAACGCUGAGCUGCGAACGAAGGAUUUUAGAAUCAAGCCCCAAGUGAUCCAUUUCCGCAGUGACCAGCCCUCGCUAAUGUAUGAAGUGAACGCCAACGUCCUCAUAAAGGCUCUAAAAGACUUCCUCUCUUCCAAAAUGGUCGCCCAAUACACAGACGACGUUGCAAAGAGAGCCGCUGUAGUGUACAGGUCUCUUAACAAAAAAGAGAAAUAA